AUGGCGGACAGCAGACUAGAUCCCCAGAUAUUCUUCAUAUAUGAUCACUCUGCUAUGAAAUGCGAAGAAGACGAUUUAAAAGAUGCAAUAAUUUAUUUUCAUCCACAAAGUAUAUCAGAAGACAAACAGUGUAUAUUAUGCGGCCAACUGAUGGGCAUGGUCAAUUUCAUCAAAACGUUGACCAAAUCACUACCUUUACUGUAUAAAUUAAAGCGUAUGAAACUAACCACCAGACAUCAUGAGUUUUACACGCUGGCAUUAGCUGGGAAUCUAGAUGAGCCCGAUUCAGCUUUAAGAAACAGAAUGGACAAGUUAUACUCAAUAUUUACAUUUUACCAUGGCUCCAUCUCUCAAGUAUUACAGCGCUGUGGCGGUAUUAAGAAGAAGUUCUUGGCUGAGAUGUCCCAAAUUUGGGAAUGUUACCUGCCCCAUGCUAAUCACUACGGUUUAGAGCUGGAAACAGUAUUUGAUCCGCUGCCAACACUACAUUUACCAAAGGGAUGUGCGUCAUUAUAUUUGAAAGCAUCUCACAUGUUACAAUGUUGUCAGCGUUAUCCCGGUGUCAUUGCUUGCUGCCUUAUUCACAAUAACAGUGUCCUCUGUACACAGCUGCCUUCAACUCUAGUAUCCAGACUUAUAAUCCUAAAACCAAACCAAAGCAAUCAUCCCUCAAAGUCACAAGAAACAGACUUCAGACUGCCAUUUGGAGUAAGGAUACUAUCGGUUUACCUCACUGAAAGUGAAUAUGCACAGUUCAAUCGCCAAAAACAGGAUGUGAAGGGAAUACGUGUUUGCAUGGAUACGCCAGAUGUCUCAAAAUUCAGGCCUGAAAUUCAAAUCCACUCUGAUAAACGAGGCUUUGAGGAUUCUUCUCGUGCAUCUUUCAACUUAUCAGAAAGUAGCGAUAUUUCGAUGCCUUCUGACUUUGAGUCAGACAUGUCUGUUAAAUAUUUAAGAUUUUCUACAACAGACAGUGAAACUCCUUCAAGACAAAGCAUUGAGUCAAGCAUGUCUAAUGAGUCCCCAUUACCAGUAGAUGUGGAUCUCCGACCACGUAAAAAAAACAACAAACUAAGCUGUCAGUGUUCAAACAGAGAUAGGACUGCUGCCGACGGCAACAACAGAUGCCAUUGUAGAAAAAAAGGAUUGAAAAUGGAUUUCUCAUCAGAAAAUUUAACACAUUUAAUCAAGACUAUUUCGGGAAGUUGGGUACAGGAUUUUGCGAAGACCGAGGGAGGGGAUGAUUAUACAAAGUGCAAUGGGGAUAUUUCGGUUGCAGAUGGGUGGAAAGUAGGUGAUGAAAAGCUACACCAAGGCGCCAGCAACAUUGGUCGAAUUAACGAGUCGCCAAAUGAGAAUACGUUUACUCCUCAAAGAAAGGAUUCUUGGGACAAUAUUGAACCUAAGGAAAUGUCAAAGUUGAAACUGAAUGGAAUGACUGCCUCAACGCCCAAAGGUAAACAAAGCAAUGCAAAUAAUGGCGUCCUGCUGUCCAAUCAGGUUGGAUGUAACGACAAGAAUGAGAACGCUGUGAAUAAUAUGAAAAUUGAGACUCUUAGUGAGGAUACUCCAAUUACAAAUGUUAGUGACAAGGAAAAUAAAAGUGCACUAGACCUCAAACAGGAAAAUAUGUUGAAUUAUGCAAAAAAGGAUCAUAUAGCGAAUGGAGUUGAUGUUAUUACGAAUUGUAAUGAGCAUAGUGACGUCAGUGUAAACACUGCCAGUGACUCAAAAGGAGGGAUAAAAACCCCAAACGGUUGUGUAAUAUUGCUGAAUGAUGUUAAUAUCGAUACUGUUUCGAAACUUGUUGACACUCCCGUACCCCCCAUCCAUGUGAAUACUCACCUUGAGACAAAAGUGGAAUCAUUUGUCCAUACGGAUAAAGGUAAAACAAUGGAGCACAAGUCAAUACAAGAUGAAAUAACUAGUGUCGAUAGAUCUCAACAUCUGAGGAGGGAAAAUGAGAACAGCAGUUCAGAAACAGUUCAAAAUGAAGACGAACUGUCGUCAGGGGUGGCUGAAAUUAAUAUCACGGAGAACACUGAUGAUGGUAAUUUACAGUCAAAAGAAAGUGCUGAAAAGAAUAAGUGGAAGUCUGCUCUCUCUCAGUUGGGAGAAUUAGAGAUACAGGUGAAUAAUGUACUGGAGCGACAGAAACAUACAAAGGGCAGAGCUAGAAAGUAUAACUACCUGAGAUUUGACACUGAGGAGAGAACACUCACAGGUAAUCAACUUGAACCUGUAUCCAGUAGCGACCAUGCAUUAUGUGAAGUCUCUCAAUUGAUACACGAAGAUUUUGCCAUGUCAGAAACCACUACAGAUGUCACCCUAAGAAAUUGUUUUACCACAGUGUAUGGCAAGCACACUUUGUCUCACGAAACCUACUUCCAACCGAAGGACAUUAUCCGCCCAAGUCGAGGUGCUCCAUCAGCUCAAGACCCAGCCCUUUUAUUAGAGCCCACAGCACACCAGAAACUACAAAAGGACUACAAUAUUAGAUUACUGUAGUCAUAUUAUGACUUUCCUGUGUGUUUCAUUGGUCACUGGCUCAUAGGACGGCGUGCCGUGGCAUUCCCCACCGACUAUCAGCUGAAGAACGCCACCAUGGAGGAACAAAAUGAAUCGUCAUUUACGUAAUAUUUCUACGCUACAGAGGGUGCUAUAUUUGAUGUUUGUUUGUCAACCAUUUCUUAACUCCACACCUACUGAUUUAUAAUUUAUAAACUGCGGCAAUCACAUCUCUGUGUAUUUUUCUUUACAACCAAACAUUUUUAUGCCAGUACUUCAGUCCUUACCUCAUAAACCCCUCAUUUUUUUUGGGGGGGGGGGACAAAUUUGCAUGAAUUUCGUGAUUCUGAGAUCUAAUGGCAGAAUGCAGUUAGCAUAAAGAAUAUACUCACUUUUGACUCCAUUGAAACAAAUAUUUCGCCUUUAGCAGCCAUUUUGAAAUUUUUCUCUGAUUUUUGAAAAGUUAAUUAUAAAGAAUGGCUCCACAAAGAAAUGUUUUAGAAAAAAAAAAGUGUGCCUUUGAUGUUUUUGUUGACCCUUUGAAUCUAUUCUGAUCUAGAAAUGUGUUACUAUAGCAACUGUA